GCUUCUUCAGUCGCUGUAGUAACGUCAGUGGGACUGGUACGCGGAGCCGCAGCUCUCCUACAAACCGACACCGCUCAGUUUUCACGCGUGGAUUUACAUUUUCCUCCGCCGUGGGUCGUUUUGGGAGCGGAAACCUGCCGCCGGAGCGGAGAAAAAUAAGUUUUUUGUGUUUCUGGAGCGAAGGAAUGUACAGUUUUUUGUUGUUAAACUGGAAGGAGUCGGUGUAAUUGUGGUUGGUUUGGGUUUUUCUGGACACCAGAGAAGCGGCGGCUCGGUGUCCACCUGACCCCGUGGAAAAUAACACGGCGGAUAAUGACACUGACGUGGCGCACUAAGCUCUCCAGCUCUCACCCGCUUGGAAACUAAAGUUUCCCAGCUCCAGGUAACAGCGUCCGAUUAUCCAAACAGUUGGGAUAAACUUCGACAUUAUGGGGGUUAUCGGACUCCUCCGGCCGUCUUGAUGCCGCUCCAGCCGGGACUGCGUGCCCUGUAACCGCCGGGAUGAGCAGCACCGACCUGGAGCGCAUGUCGCUCAGCUCCUCGGCCAACUCGGUGGCCUCCAGCGCCCGGACGCUGUCGGCCAACGUCCGGAAGCUGCACAACGCGCUCAACCUGCUGCUCAGCGACUUGGAGCGGGAGCAGUUAAUCCACUGCCUCAACGUGUACCACUCCAAGCGCAACGUGUACGACCUGGUUCAGACCCUCAACGUGAUCCUGAACGCGCCCAGCAAGCGGCAGCUGCUGCCCAUGCUGCGGCUGGUCAUCCCCCGCUCCGACCAGCUCCUCUUCGAGCAGUACACCUCGGAGGGGCUUUACCUAAAGUCGGAUUUAGUCGCGAACAAUGGCCACGCCGAACCCCCGCCGAGCUCCAGCCCGACUCCACCGGGGAACCUGUCGCCGAGCAUCCCGCCGGACUUCCAGGUGGCGCUGCGGGGCUCCCCGGACAGCUUCAGCACCAGCAGCGACGGGACGGCGGCGCCGCUGGUGCCGCUGCUCGGCCGGAACUUCAUCCACGAGCCGCCGGGCGAGCUCCGGCAGGUCACCAUGAAGCGCCACAAGAGCAACGAGGGCCUGGGAUUCAGCAUCCGCGGCGGCUCGGAGCACGGGGUCGGGAUCUACGUGUCCCUGGUGGAGCCCGGGAGCCUGGCGGAGAAGCAGGGGCUCCGCAUCGGCGACCAGAUCAUGAAAGUUAACGACAAAGUGUUCGAGAAAGUCACCCACGCAGAAGCGGUGAAGGUGCUGAAGGGCAGCAAGAAGCUGAACCUGUCGGUGCGCUCAGUCGGGCGGAUCCCGGGCGGCUACGUCACCAACCACGUUUACACCUGGGUGGAUCCUCAGGGUCGCAGCGUGUCUCCUCCUCCGGAUCUACCCGAGCACCGGAGCGCCACGCUGCGGCGGACCGACAGCCAGCGGCGCAGCAACAUGCAGCUGCUUCAGGAGGGAGACGAGAAGAAGGUAGAGACAUUCAGAGGAGGGCCGGAGAACCGAUCCGUCCUUCAGCCGGUAGAGCUGGAGUUCACAUGUCAAGAAAAACAAACGGUUAAAGAAAAACUGUCGUUGUGUCGUAACAGUUUGGUAUGAGACAAAUAAUCUGUGAAAAAUCAAGCUCCUCUGUCUUCUCCCAGU